AUGGAAAAUGCCGUACCCCCCCUCACCACACAGCGUACCAGCGAGGAGCAAGCCAGCUUCUUACUCCCAGCACAACAAGAUGAGCAGCUAGCAGCUGCCUCCUGGGCUACAAUGCCGCAGAAGAUACAAUUGGCACUCUUAACUCUAGCACGGCUCGUUGAGGCUCUCGCUGGCGGGAGUCGACAAAGCUUCAUCAUCUUCCAGCUGCGAUUAUUUAUGCAAGCCGAUGGCUUGACGCCGAGUACAGCCACCAUAGCCCUGCAGCUCUCGCUGUUGCGCUCAGUCAGCGCUAUCCCUGAGUUCUUCGUCUCAACGGUGUGGGGAGUCUUGGCCGACCACCCACGUGUCGGACACAAGAAAGUCAUUAUCCUGUGCCUUUUGAUAUCCGGUAUCAGCAGCAUUGGGAUGGCAUUUACGCGAAGCUUUGCUGGCGCAAUGGUAUGGCAGCUGUUCGGCGGCCUGUCCACGGGUAAGAAGGCCGUCUUGCGGAGCAAAAUUCGAGGGAUAAGCGGCGCGAAAUUUGAGUCACGAGGCGUGCUGCUCCUGCCGGCAGCUUUCAACGCAGGAUCCAUCCUCGGGCCGCUGCUUGGUGGAUUUCUUUCCGAGGUGUCCAUGGGCGGAUAUUGGCCAUUUAUGUUGCCAUAUGCCAUGAAUGCCUUGAUGAAGCUGUGUGCUGCGGCUAUGAUCGCUCUUUGGCUCGACGGGUCGCGCCCUGCUGACAAUAGAAAAAAUAAGAAAGAUGCGCGUAUAUCUCUCGUGCCAAAGUGGUUAAAGCAGCUCUUUAGAAAGUACCUACAACGGCAACCUCAAUACGAGCGGCUGCCCGGUCAAGAGUAUGAGAUGGAUGACAGCGAGGGCCAGCGAUUGGUAUCCAAAAGCAGGGAGACGCAGCAAACUGUUAGCAUAUGGACGCUGCGCUUGCUCCUGACCCUGGCGACACGAGUGCUGGUGACGAUACACAUCUUUUCUUAUCCAUCUCUCUUGUCGAUAUUUGUCUCCACACCUCGCUAUAAGCCAGAGGAUGAGAAUAGCAAUGCGGCAGCGUUUGAGAGGGCUCAUCCCGGCGCUGGGAAUUCUUCAUCAUUUGUCCAAGUCCCACAAGGCUAUCAUACACACCUACCCUUCGUUUUUACUGGCGGUCUCUCUUUUAAUUCACGUGAUCUUGCCACAGUACUUGCGAUUCGUGGUUUUGUAAGCUGUUUGUUACAGCUGAUGUUGUUCCCACGUCUCUGUAAAGUUUUUGGCAGGCUGCCACUGUAUCGAUACUCAUUACUCAUUUUUCCCGUCACUUACUUUCUCACACCGUACCUGGCGAUUAUCAGAUCCUCAACACCAGCCCCACUACCUGCAGCGGGAAUUCCUCUCUGGGCUAUGCUGCUGUCCAUCCUGGCGAUCCAGGCAACGGCGCGCUCUAUGGCACUGCCGGCCGGUGCGAUGCUACUCAAUGCCGCAUGCCCGGAUCUUUCUGUAUUAGGCACGAUCAACGGCAUCGGAGCCAGUGUUGGUGCGGGGGCUCGUGGCCUUGGGCAUUUGGUUAUGACGGGCUGGUUGUACGGCGCCGGAUUGAACUCUGGUAUUGUUGGGACAGCAUGGUGGGGGAUGUCAGCCAUCGCGACCAUAGCAGCGAUUGUGGCAGCUUAUGUAUCAGAAUCACCAUCAGCGGAUAAGUCGUUGGCCGAUGAAGAUUAA